AUGGAUCUUGACUUGGCCAUCCGUGAGGAAGAGCCUCUUGCUCUCACAGAAUCAAGCACGCCGCAACAAAUUGCUUAUUAUGAACAAUGGAAAAAAUCCAAUCGCUUAAGCAUGAUGCUCAUGAAGGCUCAUGUGAGCAAAAGCAUUAGGGGAUUAGUCCCUGAAUGUAAGAAGGCCAAGGAUCUAAUGAAAGCAAUUGAAGAACAAUUUGUAACUUCUAAUAAGGCAUUAGCAAGCACCCUUAUGAAGAAGCUUUCAGGAAUGAAAUUUGACAAUUCUAAGGGAGUGCGUCAGCAUGGUAUGAGGAUGAGAGAUAUUGCUACCAAACUCAAAUCUUUGAACAUUGAUGCUUUAGACCCUUUUCUUGUACACUUUGCCCUUAACUCUUUGCUUAUGGAGUAUAGCCCCUUCAAGAUUUCCUACAAUACACAUAAGGAAAAUUGGUCAGUCAAUAAACUUUUGACCAUGUGUGUACAAGAGGAAGAAAGAUUGAAACAUGAAAAACUUGAUAUGAAACAAGAAAACGCUAAUCUUGUGACUCGUGGAAAUAGGAAUAAGAAAAAUAUGGAACUACUCAUGUGA